UUGCAGUAGCUGUCGCUGAUCGGAGUCCUGGUAUAGGACCUGCGGGACCUGCUGGGGGAGGAUAGGCUGCUGCGCACAGACGGAGCGUAAAGAGCUGUUUGUCUCGAGGAGGGAAUGUUUAUGAGCCGAGUAGUUUCAAAGUAGCCAAGCCGUGCAGUAACAAGUCUCGCUUUGCGGUCAGUGAUCUGUUUUUCAGACAUUGGCACAGUGCAAGUGUCCGAACUGUGAGGAGUCCGGCAUGUCCGAAAGACAGAGAGCUGACGACCGCAGCUUUGAGGCUUCAUCACUGACAACUUGCGCGGAGCAGAUGGUGCCGAAAAAAUGACUCGGACUCUCCCCAUCCUACUCGCUUCCUUUUUCUCUUUGCUUCACGGUAUCAGCUGUGCUGACUCAGAGGAGCGUCUCAUGAACUGGCUGCUGGGAAAGAAUCGCUACAAUCCACUCAUCCGCCCGGCUGUCAACAGGAGCGCCAGAGUCACGGUGAAGCUGCAAGUGUCUCUGGCUCAGCUAAUCAGUGUGAAUGAAAGAGAACAGAUCAUGACCACAAAUGUCUGGCUCACUCAGCACUGGGAGGAUUACAGGUUGUCCUGGGACCCAGCAAAGUACGAAGGUAUUGACAAGCUACGUAUUCCCUCCAGGCACAUCUGGCUCCCUGAUAUUGUUCUGUAUAACAAUGCUGAUGGUACUUAUGAGGUGACAGUCUUCACAAAUGCUAUAGUCCUCUUCAAUGGCAGCAUCAACUGGCUUCCUCCAGCGAUCUACAAAAGCGCCUGUAGGAUUGAGGUCAAGCAUUUUCCCUUCGAUCAGCAGAACUGCACCCUGAAGUUCCGCUCCUGGACGUACGACCACACAGAGAUCGACCUCAUCCUCAAGUCUGGGGUGGCCAGUAUGGACGAUUUUACACCCAGUGGGGAGUGGGAUAUCUUGGCGCUGCCAGGCAGACGGACUGUCAACCCUUUGGAUCCCACCUAUGUGGACCUUACCUAUGACUUCAUCAUCAAGAGGAAGCCGCUUUUCUACACCAUCAACCUGAUCAUUCCCUGUGUUCUGAUCACCUCUCUGGCCAUCUUGGUCUUCUAUCUACCAUCAGACUGUGGAGAGAAGAUAACCCUCUGCAUAUCCGUCCUUCUGGCGCUCACUGUGUUCCUGCUUUUGAUCUCAAAGAUUGUCCCUCCCACUUCGCUGGAUGUGCCUCUGAUUGGCAAGUACCUGAUGUUCACCAUGGUGCUUGUGACCUUCUCCAUCAUUACCAGUGUGUGCGUGCUCAACGUGCACCACCGCUCUCCCAGCACUCACACCAUGCCCUCCUGGGUCAAGCUGAUAUUUCUAGUCAAACUGCCCGCUCUACUCUUCAUGAGACGCCCUUGUAAUAUCUCCGCACGCCAGAGACUUCGCCAGCAGCGGUGUCUGCGGGCGAGGAGAGCCAUUUUGGGCGUGAGUUACCCAGUUGCAUCUAAAACUGGUAUCACCAUGUCGUCCGCUGCCCUGCUAUCCCCAGACUGUGUCUUUCCCACACCAGGGCACAAAAAUGUACCUCCUCCACUGAGUCACAGCCACUGCAACAGGAAAGGAGACCUGCAGCCAAAUGACCUUACGAGUUGUUUUGCUUCCACCCAAGAUCUCCUGCAGAACAGAAACUCAGACUGGGCCGCCGAUGUCCAGGAGGCUGUAAACGGGGUCCGCUAUGUGGCAGAGCACAUGAUGGGAGAUGAUGACGAUCAGAGUGUAAUAGAGGACUGGAAGUAUGUGGCCAUGGUGGUGGAUCGGAUGUUCCUGUGGAUCUUUAUGAUUGUAUGUGUGGUGGGAACCCUGGGCUUAUUUCUCCAACCUGUCUUCCAGACUCAGAUUAUUCCGAGCAAGUGAGCCAGCAUAGACACCCCUCGCAUGUGACGGAAUAGAAAUGCCACAGAGCAAAUUAAGGUUUACUUAAAAAAAUUAUACUGUAUGACAAGAAAGACCAAAAGCAGAUGUUCCUCUGUAGCUAUUGAGAGGUGUUUCUGUUGUAAGCUUAAAGCCUUUGCAGCCAUACUGGUUGGUUGGAAAUGACUACACUGCAACUCAGCAUGUGCCAAACUUCACCACUAAGGCACCUGAUAUGCUUAUACCAGACAACCACUUAUCAGAGGGACCAACAAGAUAUAAGUCCAUGAUGGCACCUAAAUACAAUAUCUGCUCUUAACCAAGACUGCAAAGUUAGCGACAAUAUAACCCUUUACAGGACCUGAUAUAUUGAGGAAAUGGUACAACUGAAAAGGACCCAUUUCAACAUCAUAGCUCUGAGGUCAUUUUCCUUGUCCAUAAAGGAUUCUACAGAACUGGACUGAAUGUAACAUUUACUGCAUUGAUUUAUACUGAAUUGUUGCAUAAAUAUACCCCAAUAUAACAGACAUAUGAGGAAGAUCUGCUUGCUGUCAGAUGACAGUUGAUUUUCUUUGUGUUCAAGAUGAAAUGUGAUGUGUGAUUAAAGAAGGGAUAAUAAAGGUAAAAUGUGCCCUCUUUCA